GCGGGAGCAGGGGCGCGGAGCGGCGGCGCCUUUCCCGGGGGAUGCGCGCCCGGCCGGCCGGCCGGUGACUGAGCGCGGCUCUGCCCGGCGGAGCGCCCUGGCCGCCCGCCCCUGCGCGCCUGGCCCGGGCCGUGCGCUGCGCCGGGCCCGCGGGCGGGCUGGCGGGGAGAUGCUGCCGUGGCGGCGGAACAGGUUCGAGCUGCUGGCGGAGGAGCCGCGGCAGCCCAGCAAGGCCAAGGGCUAUGCGGUGAGGCUGCAGUGCUCCGCGCUCGGCUCGCUCGCCCGCGCCUGCCCCGAGGGCGCGCUGCACCGCGUGGGCAGCAUGUUCCGCUCCAAGCGGCGCAAGUUCCGCGUCACCAGCGAGGACCCCACCUACACGGUGCUGUACCUGGGCAACGCGGCCACGCUGCAGGCCAAGGGCGAGGGCUGCACCGACCUGGCCGUGGGCAAGAUCUGGGCCAAGAGCGAGGCGGGCCGGCAGGGCGCCAAGAUGAAGCUGACCAUCGGCGCGCAGGGCAUCCGCAUGGCGCACGCCGAGGAGCGGGCCCCGCGCCGGCCGGGCCACCUCUACCUGCUGCACCGCGUCACCUACUGCGUGGCCGACCCGCGCCUGCCCCGCGUCUUCGCCUGGAUCUACCGGCACGAGCUGAAGCACAAGGCGGUGAUGCUGCGCUGCCACGCCGUGCUGGUCUCCCGGCCCGAGAAGGCGCGGGCCAUGGCGCUGCUGCUCUACCAGACCUCGGCCGCGGCGCUGGCCGAGUUCCGCCGCCUGAAGAAGCGCGACGACGCGCGGCACCAGCAGCAGCAGCUGGUCGGGGAGCAGAGCAUCCCGCUGGUGCCGCUGCGCAAGCUGCUGCACGGGCAGAGCUGCUACAAGCCGCCGGUGGAGCGCAGCCGCAGCGCGCCCAAGCUGGGCUCCAUCACCGAGGACCUGCUGGGCGAGGCGCAGGAGGAGCGCGCCCGGCACUUCGAGUGCGAGGACAUCCUGGAGGCGCCCGGCGGCGCCCCGCUGCUGCUGCGGGCGGGCCCCGGCCGCCUGGACGGGCCGGAGCUGACCCAGCUCAUCAGCGACCUGGGCGAGCUCAGCAUCGGCAACGACCUGCAGGCGCUGCGGGCCGACCUGCGCGUCACCCGGCUGCUGUCCGGGGAGAGCACCGGCAGCGAGUCCUCCAUCGAGAGCAGCGGCCAGGAGGGGGGCGCCGCGCCCUGCAACGGCCAGGAGGAGGGGGGCGGCCAGGAGCCUGAGACCGGCUGAGCCCGCGGCCGGAGGACGCCGCCUGCGCUGCGCUGCGCCGCGCCCCUCCCCGCGCUGCGCCCCUCUCCGCGCUGCGCGGGGCAGCGCUCAGCAGUGCCCGGCGGGGCUCCGGCUGAGCUUUGUGCUCUCCGAGAAGCCGCCAGCUCCCCGCCCUUCCCCGUGCACCGGUACUGCCUGCCUGGGGGAGCCGGUGGGGCUGCACGGAACCUGCGGGGGCCUCUGGGCGGCCGGGUCCGCAGCCCCGGGGAGGCAGGAAAACAGAGGCAAAGGACAGCCUUUGCACAGGACGGAAAGUCAAGGGAGAUACGUGCAAUGCUUUACCCAAUCCUGUGUGCUCACAAGGUGAGAUCCCCUGGGUCUGUCACUGGGCAGGUGCCCGCUCGCUCGGCCCCCUGUUCCAGGUCCCCAGGGGUCAUGUCACAGGAGCAGCCUCUCAAUUUCAUUGGCAGUUUCCACCUCUUGUUAAAAAAUAUUUGUUCGUUUUCAAGGAGGACAGGAAGAGUUUGGCUGGCUUGGUGCAUGAGCUUUGGGUUGUUGACCAGAGACCCUUGAAGAUCUGCCAAAUUCUCCAAACAGCUGUCUUGAGGGAGAGAUGUUGCAUUUUGUUUACAAUGAAAAAUUUAAUAUCUGAGAGGGAGUUUUCUUCCUUUUUAUAUAUUUGAAAAAAACAUUUGUUCCAUUCCAUGCUGUCGUGUAAGAUAUUUUUGCACUGUUGUGAAAUUUUUUUAGCCUUUUUUUUUUGUACCUGAUCCCGUGUUCUCCUAUCUCAAUGUUCUAUAUCUUUUGCUAUGCAAAAGAAAAAUGUAAGUGUGGAUGUUCACUUGUACAUAUGGAAAAAAAUGUAUAUCAAAUACAUUUUGUUAUUUUUAAGGACACCACCGUUUCCGUUUGCACACAAGUGGAGGUAAUAAAGAUGACAAUAAUUUAAGAGAACUGGA